AAUAUCUUAAGUAACGACUUUUAUUAGUAAUAGGUUUAAGCAUACGAAAUUGAAAUUGAAAUUGAAAUUGAAAUUAAUAAAUAUGAAUCUCUUAAAGAUUUUAGAUGGAACUCCUGAACCUCCAAUUAUAGAGUUGGAUUUAGAAACAAUUAAUGAAAGUGGUGAUUAUCAUUUACCAACUCCAAUGUAUGAAUUUCAAAAGGAAUUAACAGAUCAAAUUGUUUCAUUACAUUAUCCUGAUAUAUUAAAAUAUUGUGAAACCAAUGAUAGUAAAGAUUUAAUUGUUAAAUCAUUAGAAAUUUGUAUUAACAAUUGUAUGCUUGUUAGUACUCAUCCAUAUUUAUUAAUUAAUCAUUAUAUGCCAAAAAAUUUAACUCAAAAGGAUAUGCCAAAUAAAUUAGCUGAUACAAGUGGUAAAUUUAAUGUUCUUAAAGAUUUAAUUAAUGUAAUUAUUCUGAAUAGUCCAUCAAAAACAAAAAAUAUAGCUAUUGUUAUGAAUAAUAAUAUGAAAUUUUUAGAUUUAGUUGAUGCUUUAUUAUUAGGAUGUAAUGGUAAUAAAAAUGUUAAAAGAUAUUCUGGUAAUAAUGUUCAAAGAGAAUCUAAAAAGCAAAAUAAAAAUAGUGAUAGUAAUACAACAAUUCAUUUAUUACCUCAUGAUGGAUUAGUUCAAAGAGAUUCAGAACAAUUAUCAACUAUAAAAUUUGAUACUAUUAUUGUAUUUGAUGGUUAUGUUGAUACAGAACAUGAAUUUAUAAAACAAAUAAGAUCUCAAAAUCGAAGAGGUGAAGCUAUAAUAAUAAGAUUAGUUCCUAUGAAAACAAUAGAACAUUGUAAAGUUUAUUAUUCAAAAGAUUCUGAUAAGAAAGAUUAUUUAUAUAAAUUAAUUUCAUCUAUUGUAUGUUUAAGAGAUUAUAUUGGAAAUUUACCACCAGAUAUUUUCCCAAUUUAUAAUCAAAAACUUACAUUUUUAUCAUCAAAAUUCUUUGAUGAAGUAUUUAGAACAAGUACAAGAAGUAAUUUCCCACCUUGGCCAUUACCUGAUUUACCAAAAAUUCCUAAAUUUUCUGCAAUUGAUGUUGAAAGUUCUUUACUAACUGAAGUUCAUUAUCAUUAUACUCCUUAUGAUUCUACAGAUUUAAUUAAUAUAAAUGGAGAAGAAAAAGCAAGAGAUAUUAAACCAUCAUAUUAUGAUUCAAAAAGAUUACAACUGGAUUAUGUAACUAAUCCUUUAAAAAAUUCAUAUAAUCAAUUAAUUGGUAUUCAUUCUACUAGUGAUACAGCUGGUGUUAAUAAUACAUCUAUAUUAACUCAUAAAUUAAUUAUGCAUUUAAGUUAUGCUUAUUUAGCUAUGCAAAGAUGUGAAGAAGAAUAUAAUGGAUAUAUUAAAUUUAAUGAACAAGAAUCUCAAGCUAGAUUAGGACGAAGAGAAGAUCCUCUAAAGAAAACCAUAUCUAAUAUAUAUGAUGAUAUAGAUCAUGCAGAAGCUCGUAUAAAUUCAGCUAACAAACGAGUUUUAAAAAAAUUAGAAGAAAUUGAUAAAGUUAAAUUAAGGAUAAAUGAAAUUGAAGAAUUACUUGAAAAAUUUAGUGAUAAAAAUGAAAUUAAAGAUGAAAAAACUUUAAAUUUUAUAAAGAAUCAAUUAGAAAUAUGGGAUCUUCAAAGAAAAACAAAGGAAUUAAUUCAUAAAAUAAGUUCUAAAAAUGAAGAAAAGAAUUUCAUAUUAAAAGAAUAUAAUAAUUCUAAACAAUCUAUUGAAGAUUCAGAGAAAAAAAUUGAAGAGAUAAAAAUUGAAAUAAAAGAAAAUAAAAGAAAAUAUGAUACAGCUAUUGAUGAAGGAGAUAUUGAAGAUAAAACUUUUGAAGAGAAAAAGCAAGCAUUAAUUGAACAAACUAAAGAAGAAAGAAUACGAAAUGAAGCAUUAAAAAUUAAAUUAAAUAGUUCAUUACGAUUCUUAAGAGAUACUUCUCAUUUAAAGAAAAGAAAAGGUAGAGGACUUACACCAAAUUCUAGGUAAAUUAACUUCUAUUUGUAUUA